CCCAUUUAUUCAUGACAAUUACUAAAUCUGUACAUGGGACUUUUAUCCUUGAGACAUUUCGUGCAUGAAUGCAUUUUUAUUUUAUUCUUUUGAUGGCUACUGAGAUUUUGUGGAUUUAAAAAGAAACUGAUCUGCUUUGAAGGAACACUAUGAUGUCCAUUUCUAUACAAGAACUACAUCUUGUUUUUCUGGUUUUGACGAGUCUGCUGAGUUUACCGCAGUUUACAGAAUGUGAGAAAAUCAGGCUGGUCGGGCCUUCGCGUUGUGCUGGCAGAGUGGAGAUCUUUCAUGCAGACAGUUGGGGAACCGUCUGUGAUGAUCACUGGAGCUUUGCCAAUGCUGAGGUGGUGUGUCGAGAGUUAAACUGUGGUAUUGUUAUGGAGGCCAAAAAAGGUGCUUUCUUUGGACAAGGCAAAAAUGAGAUCUGGUUGGAUGAUGUGCAGUGUACAGGGAAUGAGCCAUCCAUCAUAAAGUGCCCACACAAGCCAUUUGGGGUCAAUAAUUGUGGCCAUAGUGAAGAUGCUGGGGUUAUCUGUUCAGAACACAUGCGGGUUGUCAAUGGAAGCAGUCGAUGUAAUGGCAGGGUGGAAGUCUUCCACAAUGGCCACUGGACACGCGUGUGCAGCAGUGACUGGGGAAAGAACGAAGCUGAAGUGAUAUGCCGCGAGGCUUUCUGUGGCAGUCCUAUUGUUCAGUCUGUCAUGCCAAAUUUUGGAGAGGCUCGUGGCAUAGGUGGGGUCAAAGCUACAUGUGGUGGAAACGAGACCUCUGUCUCAGAGUGCAGGAUUCAAGUAUUCAAGGAAAGUUGCACUGAUGCCGUUAUUUUCUGUGCAAACAGUAAACCAAUAAGGCUGAUAAAUGGGACCAAUCACUGCAAUGGUCGAGUGGAGGUCUACUAUGAAGGACAGUGGGGAACCGUUUGUGAUGACAAAUGGGGGUUGCAGGAAGCAGCUGUAGCAUGCCGAGAGAUGAAUUGUGGGAGUGCUCUUGCAGUGAAGUACAAGGCCUUUUUUGGCAGAGGCCACGAUCAGGUUUGGAUGGAUGAUAUAGAGUGUACUGGUCAUGAGAAAUCCCUUGCUGAAUGCCCACAUAAAGGUUUUGGAGACCAUGACUGCGACCACAGUGAAGAUGCCGGAGUUAUGUGUUCAGAAAAUUUAAGAUUGUCCAAUGGGACUGACAGCUGCUCUGGUAGAGUGGAGGUCUUCCACCAAGGUCACUGGAGAAAAAUUUGCAAAAAUAACUGGGGCCUUAGAGAGGCCUCAGUUUUGUGUAAGGAACUCAACUGUGGAAUUCCAAAGAAAUCCCAAGAAGACUUUGGUUUUGGUGACUCCACGCUGUCAGGGUACACAAGUAGAUGUCAAGCUGAUAUGAACUCCAUCAGCCAGUGCACGUUUGAAGAACAAGUCGGGGGAUGUGAAGGGGCCUCUGUUGCAUGUGCAGGUAAUCCACCAAUUAGGCUUGUCAAUGGCACUGAUCGAUGCUCUGGCAGAGUGGAGGUUUUGCAUGAUGGGCAGUGGGGAACUGUGUGUGAUGAUAUGUGGGACAUCAGAGAUGCUCAAGUGGUGUGCAGAGCCAUGGACUGUGGAACAGCCCAGACAACCAAAGCUUUAGGCUUCUUCGGUGAAGGCCAAGGAGACAUCUUGCUGGAUGAUGUCAAUUGCUUUGGCAAUGAGACGUCCCUUCUUCACUGCAGACGACCCCCCUUUGGAGAAAAUAACUGCGGCCAUGGAGAAGAUGCUGGAGUGAUUUGUUCAUCUACCAUUAGACUCAUCAAUGGGACUGGCCAGUGCUCAGGGAGGGUGGAGGUCCACCAUAAUGGCCACUGGUCACCAGCAUAUAACGUUGCCUUUGGAAUGAAUGAAGCUAAAGUGGUGUGCAGGGAGAUGGAUUGUGGAGAUGCUGUCAAAGUCUCAGGAUCAUCUGAUGCCAGCGGAGAUUCCAGAGGCUUAAAGAUCAGCUGUCGCGGUGAUGAGAGCUCUCUUACACAAUGCAGGCUGACAAACUAUGACAGGUCCAGCAAUGAUCGCAUUCAAGAUGUUCAUGUCGAAUGUUCAGGAAAUGUGAAGUUGACCAAUGGCUUGCACUAUUGUACUGGAAUAGUGGAGUUUUACAACAAUGGCCAAUGGCAGCCUAUUUGUGGGGAGUCUUGGGACGUAAAUGAUGCCAUGGUGGUGUGCAGACAGCUGAACUGUGGGAAAGCUCAUAGGAUCACCACAGAAUCUGAGCAUGGUGUUGUUGCUGGAGAAAUUUUCUCUAAGCAAGUUGAAUGCAAUGGAAAUGAGUUCAUACUCUCCCAGUGCCCACUGAAACCAUUUGAAGACAAACCUUGCAAUGCAACCACAGUUGCUAGUGUUGUCUGCACAGGAAGUUUGGAGGUCCGUUUGGCUAAUGGUAAAGACGAGUGCUCUGGAAGAGUAGAAGUCCGUCACGGUGAGACAUGGCAAACAGUGUGCGACUCAGAUUGGACCCUAAGUAAAGCCAAAGUGGUAUGCGAGUUGCUGGAGUGUGGAGAACCCAUGGGUGCUCAAGGCGGUGCCCAUUUUGGCCAAGGCAGUGGGUCAGUGGUGGCAACAGAUGAUGGGUGUUUUCAAAACAUAACAUCUCUGCAACAGUGCUCAGUCAAAGGCUACAGAACAGCAGUCUGUGGGCAUGAACGUGAUGCUGGGGCUCUCUGUGCAGCUCAGCUGCGGUUGGCUGGUGGCUCAAGUCAAUGCUCUGGCAGAGUGGAGGUCUAUUAUAAAGGCCAGUGGGGCACAGUGUGUGAUGAUGACUGGGCAAUGAGCAAUGCUGAUGUGGUAUGCAAACAACUUGGUUGCGGUCAUGCGGUCUCUGCUCCUACAAGCGCUCACUUUGGUCGAGGCUCGGGCCCAAUAUGGCUGGAUAAUGUAGAGUGCUCAGGCCAAGAGGUUGCACUCACACAAUGUUCACAUCCUGGUUUUGGAGAAAAUAACUGUGGUCAUGGUGAAGAUGCUGGUGCUAUCUGUUUAGGUGCUCUACAGAAGCCCCAAAUUACCAUAAGUCCUGCUGCAGAGGUCAACUGGGGACAAAAAGUUGAAAUCACCUGCACUGUAGUAACAGAACAUAUGGGUGGGACUUUUGUCCUGAAAAACACCCAAGGGUCAUUUACAAAGGAGAAAUUCUCUGAGCACGAAGCUGCAACAUUUGUCUUCCCUUCAGCGGACUUCAGCCUGAAGGGGACAUACUUCUGCGAAUAUCAUAAAAAACUGCCUGAUCAAGUCAUCUAUUAUCCUCAAGGAAAUACUGCUGACCUCGCCAUCAUAGUAAAAUUAGACAAACCCAGCAUCUCCCUGAGUUCCUCUCAUGCAGCGGUGACCUACAGUCCUAACGAAGUGUCGGUCAACAAAGGCAGCACCUUCUCUGUCAUUUGCUCCACUUAUUCCAUAUACCCUGAAGGUUUCUUCUAUCUGACGAAUGCCAAAACAAACAUUACAGAAGUAAAAGACGCAUCUGGUCACAACGUUUUCCACGUGGCAAACUUUGAAUUCCCUGAAAUCGAUUUUAAACACCAAGGAGCCUAUGUCUGCAUCUACGGUGUUAACAUCUCCUCACAUUCCUUCUGUUCCCUUUCCUCAAAGUCUCUUCAAAUCACUGUAACCUCAACCUCAUCGUCUUCAGUUGUUGGAGGUGUUGUGAGUACACUAGUUGUGCUGCUAUUUGUGCUGGUUGUUGGUUUUCUGGUCUGGAGAAAGAAAUGUCGAGGUGCUGGGGUCAUGGUUCAGUUUACGAGCAGGUCUGAGGGAGCAGUAAAACCAGAUGCUGAAGACAAAAGCAAUGGUGCAUUUGAUGUAAGGGAACGUAGAAAUCAGCUAUAUGAGGGUGGACAAGACACUUACAGCAAGACAGACAAGAAGACGAAUGCUGGUUCUGACGAUGCUGGGAACGUCUCUGAAGACCUGCCAGGAAGAGUGUGUUAUGAGCUUGAACCUCUGUUUGAGUCCUGAUUAAAAAAAAAACAAUGCAACUAACUGCAUUAAUGUGAUAUUAUAUUCCCAUCAUCCCACCAUCAGGCUGAAAAAGAGAAUUUUACAGCUCUUUCUGGAUGAAAGCUUGCUCUUUUUUUUCUAUCAACAUCCUCCAAAGCAAUGUUAUGACGUACUGACACACCCUGAUGCACACGUCUAGAUCACAGCUGCAAAGUUAGACUGUUGUGGGCAAAAUUCUGACCUCUGUUGGUCUAAAGUUGCUCAAUAGAGUUGUUCUUUAAAAUUAUUAAAGAACUGUUUUUUUUGUUGUUUGUUUUUUGUUUGUUUUUACUUUUUUAAAGUGAUAAUUCUGAUUCUUUAUAUAGUUGCUGUGUUAUUUACUUUAGGUGAAAUUGAAGAGUUUUUGUUGUUAAAAUGCAGUUUUAAAUACUGUGCAUAUACAGUAAAUGACAACUUACUGUUAUUCUUGCCUGUAAUACUUACGUUCACACAUUUAUGAUUGAUUUUUUU